AUGGAGGAUUUCAUUGAGACGCAAACUCACUUAAGGAUGGAAUCUAUGAUGGAACGCUUUGUGGCUACACAAACUCUUCAGAAUGAAGAAUUUAGGAAACAAAGUCUCUAUACCAAUGAAACCCUUACGCAACUGAACAAUGUGGUCGAGUCCCUCGUCACUCACAACGAGACAUUGGAGACUCAAAUCUUCCUUCUUGCGCAGACACCUCUAGGACCUUUCCCUGAGAAACAUGCGGAUAUGGUAACAACCACCAGUGAAAGAUUUAUCGAAAAUCCUAAGGAUAGUGACAAUGAGGAGGGUUCAGGUGAGAAAAAAGUAGAGAUUGAGAAAGUUCCACAAACACCACCCGAAAGGGAGGUUGUCAAAAAGGUAGAGAAGGAAGAGCUAUGUGUUGUCCCUUCUCCCUAUAAAUCACCAAUUCCUUUCCCGCGAAGGUCUGUGGAAGUUAAGGUAGACCCCAAAUCCGAAAGAAAUGAGGAGCUAUCAGAAAAUAUCCACACCAAUGCACCUUUAUUUGCCACCCUGACCAAGAAGAGAAAAUUUGAAGCCCAUGAAAUUAGGGAACUAAUUAGUAUAAAAAGGGGCAAACCAGACUUUGAGGUGGUGUUUUCAAAAUUGAACCUAAACCUGAAAAGCUAG